AGCAGAAUCACAAGCAGAAUCACAAGCAGAAUCACAAGCAGAAUCACAUCAACCACAAACAAUGGCAACCUCCUCGGGGUUGAAGCCGCCUUCAGGCGCGGCACUUCAAAAAGCAUAUCCGCUUGGCAAGAUCGAACCCAAUUCGGUAGGUGGUCGAGAUGAAUGAAAACAAAACACCAGGAAUCUGUCCAAAACAUGAGCAAACCAACCAACUAACUACAUCCCUUCUUAUAUACAGGCCAAAUACUUCGCGUCAUGCAUGGUGGGCGGGAUCAUCGCGUGCGGCCCCACCCACACGCUCGUCACACCUCUCGACCUGGUCAAAACCCGACGACAAGUCGAUCCCAAACUCUACACGGGCAACUUCUCGGCCUGGCGAUCCAUCUUCGCCAAUGAAGGUCUACGCGGCGUCUUCUUCGGCUGGACACCCACCUUCGUGGGCUAUAGUUUCCAAGGCAUGGGCAAAUACGGAUUCUACGAAGUCUUCAAACACAUCUACGGCGACACAUUGUUCCCCAACGCCAACCGAACACUGGUAUUCUUGGGCGCCAGCGCCAGCGCGGAAUUCAUCGCCGAUGUAUUUCUCUGUCCGUUUGAGGCGAUCAAAGUCCGGAUGCAGACCACCUUGCCCCCUUAUGCCAAUACCUUGCGUGAGGGGUGGUCGAAAAUCGUGGCGAAAGAGGGAGUGGCUGGUUUGUAUAAAGGGAUCACACCGCUGUGGGGCAGGCAGAUUCCUUAUACCAUGUGUAAGUUUGCCACGUUUGAGGAGACGGUCAGGUAUAUCUAUAAACAGUUGGGGAAGCCCAAGGAAAGUUAUAACAAGUUGCAACAAACCGGUGUGAGCUUUUUGGGUGGCUAUAUUGCUGGUAUUGCUUGUGCGGUCGUCAGUCAUCCUGCGGAUGUCAUGGUUAGUAAAUUGAAUUCGGAGAGGAAAGCCGGCGAAUCGUCCGGAAAAGCCAUGACGAGGAUCUACGGUAACAUCGGCUUCACGGGACUAUGGAACGGUCUACCUACGAGAAUUGUCAUGAUUGGAACUUUGACAGCUUUCCAAUGGUUGAUAUACGACUCAUUCAAAGUCUGGUUAGGUCUUCCUACGACCGGUGGUCAUUGAGGUGGAAACUAUCAACUCAAAUCGCCUAACUUGGGGACAUGCCUACUCUAAGUUACUAUAUCACUAUACACUCAACCCGCUGGGAUUGCGAGGCAAUGAGCGAUUAUCUCGAUCAUGCUCCAAACACAAACUCUUGACCAGGCAUAUCGGGGGAUAGUAUUGGUUGUGACUCCGGACAACGGUUCAUAAAUGAUAGAAUCUGCGAGGCCUUCCCAACCAUACCUUAUUUUCGCCCACCUCCCAAACACCCCAGGCUCGUUACGAGGAAAACCGGCAACCAGCAUCGAAUAGCCACGGCACGGUCUACACGGGCCUAUCAUGGCAAGGGAGAAAUAGAAUUGAAAAGCGGACUAAUUCCCCUUUCCAAACCACUAGAAACAAUAAUAUUAAAUCUACACCACAAACAA